AUGUCUCGACUAAACAUAUGGCAUGCUGUUCCAAUAAACAAGGCCAGUCGACCGGUGUUUCUAGAUAACGAGCACAGCUUGUAUGUGAAAGAUGGCGUGGGGAUGUACCAGGGAAAGCUGAAGAUCAACGGUCACCAGAAUGGAAGAGUGUACUUGACCAAUAAACGAAUCAUGUAUGUGGAUGCUGGGGGAAAGAAAGCUAUAGGGUUGAACUUGCAAGACGUGCUGUGUGCCGAGUUGGUGGAACGGUUCUUGAGGUCGUCGCCUAAGGUGAAGGUUUACCUUAAGGGCGACCAGACGAACGGUGGUGGUACAGCUGGCGUUUCAGGCUUGGAAUCGAGUUCAAAUUCGUCUACUGCGCUGCUAAGAGAGGUUUCGAGUGCUGUGUGGACAUGCAUGAUAUGUUCGUUUAAUAAUCAUAUCGCUACAAACUUCAAUGUGGAUCGGAACGACCUACCGAAGUGUGUUUCGUGUGGCAUUGCUCCUUCGAGAGAAGCGUUACGGAAGGUUAUAGAGGACGCUAUGAAGAAGGAGCCUGCGCUGGAUCCGAAACCUGACCUGAAGAAGAACGAGUGUCCUCGUUGCACGUUUAUUAAUCAUCCAAGUAUGAGAAACUGUGAAAUGUGUGGCACAGAACUUAAACCCCGGGCGUCGGUUUUGGCUAAGCAGAUUGCUCUUCAUGAGAGACCAGACUCUCCAUUGUACCAAAACCCCUUGGGGCUCACUUUAGAAGAGCCCGAGGAGUAUACCAACCAGAAACCUUACAUUAAGGUGAGUUUUAGAAAGGGCGGCGAGACAGGAUUCUUGGAAAACGCCGUCCAAGCGAUAGAUAAAAUUAAAUGGGAGUCGUUGGAGCAGCGGGGUGGGAUUAGUGAUGCUGCCACGAAGGUCAACCAAUCCUCUGCAAACACUGAGACAAGGCUUAAAGGCGGAGGUAUUCAUAGUUUGCAACAACUUGGCGAGCAACAGCGGAAGAGGAACGAAAUGGUUCUUUCCCUGUCUCUUGAGGAUUUGGAGCAAUUUAUGUUCAAAGCCCAGGAUCUUAUAAAAAUAGGAUCAAGUUUUGGAUCGUUGGUGAAGAAGGAAAACAACUUUAAGACCCACAACGUCGGUAUAUCAACCAUCCCACCAAUCCCCGCCAACAAAUCAUCAUCAUUUUACAUGGAAGAGCUCGCAAGACAUAUUUGUGAAUACCUUCUAAACACUGAACUCACAAAAACCACGUCCAUGAUAACAGUCCAGGACACAUUCGCAUCUUACAACCGCUAUCGGCUUUACACACAAGGUUUCGGGACAGAGCUUAUAACUACAGCCGAUUUUACAAAGUGCACAGGGAUGUUCGAGACCCUCAACCUCCCGAUAAAGCUCAAAACUUAUAGCCGACUGGGUCUCGUUGUUAUCACCCAGAGACAACUGCAGCUGCAAAAAGACCUACACUGGACUAUUUUGGAAUUUCUUAUAAAACAGGAGAACUUAUUUUCAUAUGAGAAAUUCAAGCUGGAGUAUGAAGGAGACGAGGACCAUUACCUAAAGCAGCACUAUCAUGUGUUUCAUGGCUGCACCAUAACCGAAAUUGCAGACCAUUUUGGAUGGGCCCACGGUGUUUGCAUGGAAGAAAUGGAUAGAUGUAUUGAAGAACAAUUGGUCGUUUUUGAUAAGCACAUUUCAGGCACGUUCUACUUUGUUAACAAGUUCGAUGAGAAGCUUUGCCUGCUACUCAAGAGUGAGCAAGAAUUGAGAAGCCAAGCCAAAGAAGAUUGCUUGACUGAGCAAAAACAGAUAACAUCUAAUCUCAAAACCCAGUAUGACGAAGAAGUGGGCCAAUUGUUGGUGAACUUGAAAGAUAACUAUGAAUUCGGCGAAGUAUCGCCCCAGCAGUCCACUCCAGCUACAGAUUCCCCCGCUGAUAACAGUCUACUUCUUGAGGAUUUAGCAGGCUUGAAGUUUUCGUAA